AUGUCAGUUACAAGCAUCAGAAACCACGCAUCGUCCACGGCCAGAUCGGCCAUUAUAUUUAUCCACGGACUCGGAGACUCUGGCGAGGGUUGGUCUUGGUUCCCCCAGGUCAUCCAGCAGACUAACAUCGUCAAGUCUUUUCCAGAAAUCAACUUUGUGUUCCCAAACGCUCCAACCAUCCCUAUAACCGUCAACGGUGGCAUGAGAAUGCCUGCUUGGUUUGACAUUUACGAGUUCGGCAACCCUAAUGCCAAGCAGGAUGUGGAUGGCUUCUUGAAGUCUUGUAAUGUGUUGAAGGAAUUGAUCCACGAACAGAUUGAAAAGCACAACAUUCCCGCAGAGAGAAUCAUCAUCGGUGGUUUCUCCCAGGGUGCUGCCAUCUCCAUGGCUACAUUGGCUUUGUUGGACGUGAAGAUCGGUGGAUUGGUUGCACUUUCUGGCUUCUGUCCAAUUACCAAGACCAUUGCAGAAAAACAGAACAAAUCAGGUACAAACCUCAACACCCCUGUUUUCCAGGGCCAUGGACACGUCGACCCAAUCAUUAAGUUUUCCUACGGUAAGGACACCAGCGAGUUCUACCAAUCUUUGGGCUUCACCAACUGGAAGUUCCACGAUUAUCCUGGAGUGGCCCACAGCACCGACAACAAGGAGCUCGUGGAUGUAAUCCAGUUCAUCUCGCUGAUCUUAGACUAA